CGCAUCUCCGCCGCGUACCCAGGCUAAGCCUCAGCUUUCGCUACUUGUGCUUGUGGCUCUCGUUGUAUCUCACUUCACAUCCACAACCCUCGUUGCAUUGAUCCGAAGACUAACCAUCAUGUUCGGCUUCAUCGCCGAUGGCCUGACUGCUGUCACUACAGUCUUCUUUCCCAUAUUCGCGUCAUACAAAGCCCUCCACACAUCCGACCCAGCCCUCCUCGCACCAUGGCUGAUCUACUUUGUUGUUCUAUCCGCCUGCACAGCCGUCGAGAACACAUUCGACUUCAUCUUGAGUUGGGUGCCAUUCUACUCAUGGAUCCGCUUCUUCGCACAUCUAUAUCUGAUCCUGCCGGGUGCUCAGGGUGCGAGUUACAUCUACCAAGAGCACUUGGAGCCGUUCUUGUACCACCACGAGAAGGAGAUUGACGACUUCAUAACCCAGAGCCAUGACCGUGCAAAAUCUGCAGGCAUGGCCUAUAUCGAGAUGGGCAUCGAGUGGGUGAGGGUCAAUCUGCUAGGUUUCGCGCCUCGCAAACCAGAAGCACCCCCGCCAGCUGGACAGACAUAUGCACAGAACCUUAUGAGUAGGUUUCAGAUGCCUGCAGCGAGGGGCAGCAAUGACCUAUAUGGUCUCGUGAACCAGGCACUCAGCGGAGCAAGCGCACUAUAUACUGCUGGCACUGCCGAAACAAGGGAUGCUCAGGCCUCCGAACUGAGCCGUGGUGCAGCAAAACUCGUCCCAGACUCGAUCCGUAACAACGAAGACCGACUCAACUACGUGACAUCGCAGCGACAGCGCCUCGAAAGCCUCCUGCAAGCAUUUGACCGCGAGCAAGAAAAUAUCCGCACCCAGCAAAAGGGCGGAAACACACACUACGAAUCCAGCAGGAGUAGCGGUAGUCUGUCUCGCAACAGGAGCGAAGCAGAGUUUGAUAGAAUCGAGCGUGACGAGCUGAGCUCUGGAUCAGACCGACCGCCAUACCCCAUCACACCACCCGCCCUAGGUCGGAGGACAAGCAGUGGAUGGAUGCCAUGGAACUGGCAGCGUCAGGAAGCAUCUCAAGACGACCCUCUGGCGUACGGACGAGACCCCGGCGAGCUGAGAAACAGGUCGAGAGGAUCAGGCUUUGAUCUAGGAGAUCGCUAGCGGAAGUCCUCGAGACGAUCAUGAUCUGUGGUAUAAAGAUACAUGUUUUCUGGCGUUUUGAUGGCAAAAAAGUAGAUGAUGGUAUUACAACUGGAAAACCUCACGACUGUAUCAUAGAAGCCGUGUGUCUACUUCGCCUAGCCAAAACUCGAUAGACAUGAGUGGUAUUGCUACAAACCGAGGUAUAACAUG